UAUCUCCCUGCUUCACCACCUGCAGCAAAGAUAGCUAGAGACGCACAUCACAUAUAUACAUUUCGGAUCAUCCCCAAAAGGCCCAAGAGCAGAGCAUUGAUCGAUGAGGGUUGAGUCAGUGCGGAGGAUGCCGUCCAUGGAGCGGGAGCCCAAGGCGCUCUCCCUCCACGAGCUCAAGUACGCCAGGGAGGCCGCGCUGUACGUGCUCAGGACGCACUCCUCGGAGGACGCCGUCCGGAUCUUCACCCAGGGUCUUAAGCCGGUGGUCGGCGUCAGGAAGAAUGACUCCGUAGACGACGACGAUUACGAAGAAGAAGACGAGGACGACAUGUUCGACCCGGACGCGUUCCACGACGACGAACAAAGCGUUCUUCGCGGCAGCCACCGGUGUGGACGAGCUGGCGCUGCCGAGGGGCGAGACGUUGCCACCGCACCCUUCUAGCUAAUUAAGCCACUAGUUAAUUAGUGCUCACACGUAUACGUAUAUACUACCCUGUUAAUUUUGCUUUGUCACCUGUACAUAUGUAGAACACUUCUUUUUUUUCUUUGAGAGAGAGAGAGAGAGAGGAGAAGUUCUUUUGGUAGAGUAGUAGUUUCUUUUGUGCAUGUGGCUUUUUUUACAAGACAUGUACGGCUACUCUUCCCCAACUCCGGAUCAAUGCACGUGGAACAGCAACUGAUAUAUAGCUAUAGUAUACUACUUUAUUCAUUUGUACAACAUAUAUUCAAUUGCACGUGUGUUGUGUGUUGCUUUGACACCUGUA